UCUUUUUCUUUUUCUGCAAUUUUUGUUCUUUCUUUUUUUUCAUUUUUCUCUUUCCAUUAUUGCCUCUUUUAGCUCUCGUUCUAGUCUUCUUUAACAGCCGGAGAGAAGAGGCCGCAGAAGAAAAGAAGAAAAAAACAAAGAAAUAUUGCGGAAUAAUGUCUAGACAAGCAUCAAAGUUAGUCGGAUCUUUGGUUUCAAGACUAAACUCCACAAAAUCAGUGUUCUCCCCAUCAUCAUCAUCUUCUUGUACAUCUCAACUACGCCAUUUUGGUACCACACCUCCAUCUCCUGCUGUCUUCGUUGAUAAGAAUACUAGGGUUAUAUGUCAAGGUAUUACUGGAAAGAAUGGUACCUUUCACACUGAACAAGCCAUCGAAUAUGGCACUAAAAUGGUUGGUGGGGUGACACCAAAGAAAGGUGGAACAGAGCACUUGGGUCUUCCUGUUUUCAACUCAGUAGCAGAAGCAAAAGCAGAAACAAAGGCUAAUGCUACUGUCAUAUAUGUCCCACCACCAUUUGCAGCUGCUGCUAUAAUGGAAGCGAUGGAAGCUGAGUUGGAUCUUGUGGUCUGUAUCACAGAAGGAAUUCCUCAGCAUGACAUGGUUAAGGUGAAAGCUGCUCUGCUCAGGCAAUCUAAAACUCGUCUGAUUGGACCCAACUGUCCUGGUAUUAUUAAGCCAGGAGAAUGUAAAAUUGGUAUUAUGCCUGGGUACAUUCACAAGCCAGGGCGUAUAGGAAUUGUUUCUCGAUCUGGUACUUUGACAUAUGAAGCAGUUUUCCAAACAACUGCUGUUGGCUUAGGGCAGUCAACUUGUGUUGGUAUAGGUGGUGAUCCUUUCAAUGGGACAAACUUUGUGGAUUGUAUGCAGAAGUUCCUUGCUGAUCCUCAGACAGAAGGGAUUGUUCUUAUUGGAGAGAUCGGAGGAACUGCAGAGGAGGAUGCUGCUGCUUUAAUCAAGGAAAGUGGAACUGAGAAGCCAAUAGUAGCAUUCAUUGCCGGUCUUACAGCUCCACCCGGUCGUCGUAUGGGUCAUGCCGGAGCUAUUGUGUCAGGAGGAAAGGGUACUGCCCAGGACAAAAUCAAGACCCUGAGGGCAGCUGGGGUUACCGUGGUCGAGUCUCCAGCUAAGAUUGGUGUUGCCAUGCUAGAAUGUUUCAAGCAGCGAGGCCUCUUGAAGGAUUAGGUUCUGCACCCAAUCUCUUUUUUCUUGUUACUACGGGGUGUACGGAUUUCACAGAAUUCUGGAAGCAGUUUUUGUUUUCUGAAUUUGCUUUGUCAAUAAUUGGAGUUGGUUUUGUAAACACACCUAGCGACAGUCCUUCAAUUGCAAGCCUGUUCUGGAGGAAAUUAUACCAUUUUUCAUUUUUAGUAUAGAUUGUUUUUCGAAAUAGUACAACUCUGUUCAAGAGAGAAAAAUUCUUGGUGCCCAUGUAAGAAUUGUUAAAUUUCUACUUGCUGCACUUCUCAUGAACAUGAGGUCGCUACUCAUGUUAUUUCAAUUACAUUUAAGCACCCGUACCACAGCA